UCAGUUUUAGUGAAGCAGGCUAGUAAAUCAAAAUUCCAAAUUUACAAUGAAAAGCGAGAUUUUAAAUUUGCUUAUUUUGAGUAUGCUGCAGAGCCAAUUAAAAGGAGAAACCCGUCAUGACAACAGUUUGCAAAAAUACUAUUACCAAGUCAUUGGCUAAGCAAUGGAAAGAUCUAAGAGCUCCAGAGGGUACUCCGUACACAGUGUGGCAAACCUCAGAAACUGGAAAGCUUGUUUUAUUGGUGUCAUUUCACAAAUCGCCCCUCUUCGACUGUGGCUUGCUAAUGUUAAAAUUGAAGGGGGGGGAAUUCACAAUCACAGCUAAAACUUUACAGGAGGCAAAAAACUUUUACGUUUACCAGUCUGAUUUGAAACACUCAGAUAUACACUGCCUCCACAUUGAUUUGGUCUAUCCAGCAGCUUUACGCGCCCAUUGCGAGAACAGGAAGGGUGACAAUUUCGAGGAGGCUAAUACACCGAUACUGCAUUACAGCCGCUACGAUUAUCAAGUAAAUAUUGGGGAUAUGCCUAUUAUACCGGAAAUGUUGGUUCUUCUAUCAGCUGUUGUUCUUAUAUCAGUUUAAAUGCAUUUAAUCAAGUAUAAACGUAUCAAAUAAAGUUCAUAAAAGCGCACAUUUUGUGAUGCUAUGGUAUUCCA